ACGGCAGCGUAUGGAUUAUUGAACUUAACCAUACGUUCAUUAUCUCAAUCCUCUCCUCUCCACUCCUAGUCGUUUCUCAGGCCAGGAACUGAUAUUUUUUUUUUUUCUCUUCUUCCUCCUUCGUCCUUCCUGUAUUUUGUUUUGUUUUUGGACAAGAUGAACUCGCUGGUUUCAUCCUCUUUCUGCAACUAUCACAUUACAAAGCUUCCAUUAACAAGCACAAGAUUCAGAUGUAGACAUAGUUUAUGCAACACCCAUUUAUCCAUCAAGAACUUGAAAGUAAGAGCAAAUACAAAUGAAGUAGAUACACAGAUAGCAGCAGAGGAGUCAGAACAAGAACUAAAACUAGAAGAAAAACUAAAUGAAACAAGUAAAGUCUCCUCCUCCUCUUCUUCUACGGUCCCUGCACUCGACAUUGACAAAGACCUCAAAAAGGCUGUUCAAAAAACUGCGGCAACUUUUGCACCCAGAGCUUCCACAGCCACCAAAAAUCCUGCAGUACCAGGGACUGCCUUGUACACAGUCUUUGAGGUUCAAGGCUAUGCCUCAAUGUUGUUAGGUGGAGCUCUUUCUUUCAAUCUCAUUUUCCCAUCAAAUGAGCCAGACAUCUGGAGAUUGAUGGGAAUGUGGUCCAUUUGGAUGUUCACAAUUCCUUCUUUGCGCGCUAGAGACUGCUCCAAGAACGAGAAAGAAGCUCUUAACUAUCUAUUUCUCCUGAUCCCUCUGCUCAAUGUUACAAUCCCCUUCUUCUUGAAGUCCUUUGCCGUUGUAUGGUCCGCGGAUACUAUGGCCUUCUUUGCAAUGUAUGCAUGGAAGUUGGGAUGGCUCCAGAGAAGAGAGUAAGAACUCACUCUCAGAACUUCUUGUUCUUUGCUUGGAUUGGAGUUCUGGGUUCUUGCAGAUGAUUUCUUGAUCCUAUUGUCCUUGGCGCUGGUUAGAUAAUAAUACACUUGCUAAAAAUGAAACUGCAACACCAUUGUAGGAAGUAACAUAAUUGCCUCCUGUUAGCAAAGACACAGAUACCGCCCUCUUUCCAGAUGUAUUCAAAUAGACCAUGUCCUUUUUUCUCUUCUUCAACUGAUGAUAGAUUAUGCGUUGGAGUUUCGAAGCUUUUGGAAGGUUUGAUAAAAUACUGGGAUAGGUAAAAUAUAUACAGUAUGAGGUUCACUGUACUCUGGGAAACAAACAACUUUGUUGUAAACUGUAAGCAUGCUGCAGACGAACCGUUGGUUAGUGAAUGACAAAAUUAACGUCGCUUACGUCCCAUUGCUUUUA